AUGAGCUACUUGCUGCCACACGUCCAUUCAGGAUGGGCUGUGGACCAGGCCAUUCUUGGUGAGGAAGAUAGGGUGGUGGUCAUUCGCUUUGGCCAUGAUUGGGACCCGACCUGCAUGCAAAUGGACGAAAUCUUGGCUGGGGUUGCUGACCAGGUCAAGAACUUCGCGGUCAUCUAUCUCGUCGACAUAACUGAGGUGCCCGAUUUUAGUACGAUGUACGAGCUGUACGACCCCUGCACAGUGAUGUUCUUCUUCCGCAACAAGCACAUCAUGAUUGAUCUGGGGACAGGUAACAACAACAAGAUCAACUGGGCGAUGAACGACAAGCAGGAGUUCAUCGACAUCGUUGAGACUGUGUACCGUGGUGCACGAAAGGGCCGUGGUUUGGUAGUUUCCCCCAAAGACUAUUCCACCAAGUAUCGUUACUAG